AUGACAGAGCCAAGCAGCAGAAAGGAGGGGUUUAAAAAAUGCCGGAGUGCUACUUUCAGCAUCGAUGGCUAUAGCUUUACGAUUGUUGCAAACGAGACAGGUGACAAAAAUGCACGACCACUUUCACGAUUUGCCCGAUCUAAAUCACAAAACUGCUUGUGGAACACAAUUAUUGGUGGGCUGACAGGCAACCUCAAGGAAAGAUCAAAGCCGACCAUCAUCAGUGACCCCAGACCUCCUGAAGAAAUCUUAGCAGAUGAACUCCCACCACUGGACAGCCCUGAGGCACUGGUGAAAACAUCUUUCAGGAAGAAUGGUAUUUCAGGAAAUAUGAGGAAGGCAAAAAAUUACUUGGGAAUGCGGUCUUUGGUAAAGCAAUUAGAGAGAGGGGAAGCUUCAGUUGUAGACCUAAAGAAGAAUUUGGAAUAUGCUGCAACUGUCCUUGAGUCAGUAUACAUUGAUGAAACUAGACGUUUACUGGACACAGAAGAUGAGCUCAGUGACAUCCAGUCUGACUCUGUGCCCUCAGAGGUCCGGGACUGGUUGGCUUCUACCUUCACACGACAAAUGGGGAUGAUGCUCAAAAGGACUGAGGAAAAGCCCAGGUUCAGGAGUAUUGUCCAUGCAGUACAAGCUGGAAUAUUUGUGGAAAGAAUGUACAGACGGACUUCAAAUAUGGUUGGUUUGAGCUACCCACCAGCUGUAAUUGGAGUGCUAAAGAAUGUAGACAAGUGGUCCUUCGAUGUAUUUGCACUAAACGAAGCCAGCGGGGAUCACGCACUGAAAUUCAUUUUCUAUGAACUUCUCACACGCUAUGAUCUGAUCAAUCGUUUCAAGAUCCCCAUUUCUGCUCUGGUGUCCUUUGUGGAAGCUCUGGAGGUUGGCUACAGUAAACAUAAAAAUCCUUAUCACAACCUAAUGCACGCCGCAGAUGUGACGCAGACGGUCCAUUACCUCCUUUUCAAGACAGGCGUAGUGCACUGGCUGACAGAGCUGGAGAUCUUCGCUAUGAUCUUUGCAGCUGCCAUCCAUGACUAUGAACAUACUGGAACCACCAACAACUUUCACAUUCAGACACGGUCAGACUCAGCCAUUCUGUACAAUGACCGAUCUGUGCUUGAAAAUCACCACGUCAGUGCGGCGUAUCGUCUCUUGCAAGAUGAUGAAGAGAUGAAUAUUUUAUCUAAUCUCUCCAAGGAUGACUGGAGGGAAUUCAGAGCUCUAGUAAUUGAGAUGGUGUUGGCCACCGACAUGUCCUGUCACUUCCAGCAAAUUAAAGCCAUGAAGAAUGCUUUGCAGCAGCCAGAAGGAAUUGACAAGCCGAAAGCCUUAUCACUGUUGUUGCAUACAGCAGAUAUCAGUCAUCCAGCCAAGGCCUGGGAUCUCCAUCACCGCUGGACUAUGUCUCUGCUAGAGGAAUUCUUCAGACAGGGUGACAAAGAAGCAGAACUAGGGCUUCCCUUCUCUCCACUGUGUGAUCGCAAGUCUACCAUGGUUGCUCAGUCUCAAAUAGGUUUCAUUGAUUUCAUCGUGGAGCCCACUUUUACUGUGCUGACUGACAUGACUGAGAAGAUUGUGACUCCGCUCAUUGAUGAAGCUUCCCGCUCUGGCAUGGCUGGGUUCAGGCGUUCCAGUCUGAACAGCAUUAGUCCCUCUGAAGUUAAAAGAUCAAGUGUCAAGAGCACUGGGUCGGAAGGAAGUGCCUCACUCAACUGCUCCAUACUCACUGUGGACUUCAAAUGUUUUAAAGCCACCUGGACUGAGGUGGUGCAGCAGAACCGGGAGAAAUGGAAAGCACAAGCCACCAAAGAAGAAAAAGCUAAGAAAGAAGCAGAAGAAAAUGCUCAUCAGGGAACAGAUGAAAAGAAAGCUGAUGAAAAGGAUGAGAAGAAGCCAGCUGAAGAUGCCACAGCAGCAAAGACAGAUAACAGCAAAGAAACAAAUCCUGGGGAAAACAAAAGUGCAGAUUCCAGUACAAGUCAUAUGAAUGGGACCCAACAAACUGGGCUGAACAAACAUGAAGCCUCUCAAGGGAAAAAUGCACCUAGGACAGAGAAGGGAACAGACUCUCAGUACUCAGUGGGAGAAGAGAAACAGCAUGUACAGAAUGGUGAAGUAAAGGAAGACAAUAAGCUGGACAAGAAAGAUCAGUCUAGUCUGGGAGAUGAAUCAAAGAAAACAGAUGCCAUCAGACCUCAGCUGCAUCACCUCAGGAGGCCCACUCAUGGCUCAGGAGACUAUUUCCCAGCCUUACACAGGAAAUCAGAGGAAAAUCUGAUGAGAAGUAAGCUGCUUGACCAGAGGGGAAGGAUGAAGAAGAUCCAACACAUAUCUCAGACCUGGAAUAGGAAAUAG